AUGGCGCCAAUCAACAAACAAAAGAGUAAUUUAAGUAGUAAUUACGGCGAGGACAUUGUCCAGCGUGUUAAUGUCCUUGCCUCCUGCUACAUCGUCGACUCUACUUCCGGCCUCAAGGGCAUCCAUUACUGCACUACCGGCGCCACAGGUAUGCCAUCUGAACCGUCGAUUGAGCUCCUCUGCCAACCGCCACCCCCAAGAGAAUCUCCCAUGCUAACGCUUCCACAGGGGCCGAGUGGUAUUCCUGAGGUCCCUUCCUCAGGACUACCCUCCCCACCAACAAGCCCCCCCCUCGCCGCACUAACCUCGUCAAACGAGCUCGCUCUCCUUCCCAAGCGGAAGAGCGAGAUCCCAGGUCGUCGCCUGGGCCGGCGAGGGGGGGCAGCACACUCGAUCAGGGAAGAAUGUGAGAGAUUCUUCUGUGGGUCCAUGAAGACGGUUUUCCUUGGUGAGAGGAGUCCGUCGAUGAAUGGGUCCAGCCGGUCAGGUGCUUUUUUACCGACACCGCCGCCAGACAACCAGUUCCCGGACCCCUACCGCCGCGGAAGCGAGGUGGACGUCAAGCGUUCCGGCUUUGAGGCCGAAUCGUGGAUGGAGGUCUGGGACUACGCGGGCGGCGCGAGCUUCCGUGCCUUUGUUGCCAACAAUGGCCGGGAGAGAUCGCUCUUUGUCUUCUUUGAUGUGCAGGGCAUGCUGGGGAGAGACUUGAAGAAGGCUCUCAUGGCGCUCAUUGAGCUCAGCGAUGGACCGCUGGACUGCUCUCACAUCGUCACAUGCAUUGAUCGCCGCAUGUCUGCUGGAGAUGCAAUUGAGUUGACAAAGAGCCUCCAAUGGGUUGGGUUCGAAAUGACCACCCUUGACCAUUGGGCUGACGACCUGGACGUGACCAGCGACAAGUGGCUGUUCAUGGGCAUGGAGGUCUAG